GGGGGGGAGGAGAUACUUGGGUCAGAGAAUAUUUAAUUAAGAGCCGCAGUUGUGUAAGGAAAUAGGAAUGAACAGCCCCAAGCUAAGUUUAGGGAAGCACAAAAUAAAACAGACCUAAUAGGAAAGCACAUCAGUAGAGUUGCAGGGUUGAGAGGGUUUGUAGAGUCAAGCCGGGGGAGGAAUCUGUAUCCAGACGAUAAGAUCAAGGUGACUGAAGGAAAAGUGGGUGCAUUGGAAAGGUAAGACAGGAACAGACAGUGAGAAUAUUUGGGGUUAUGGCUUUCUGGCUUCAGUGGCAUUGAACAGGAAGGAGACUACACAGGCACCCCAGCAUCCUCAGGAGGAAUAGAGAGUGGAGGAUCUGUUCUCUUGGUUCUGCUACCCAGCACCCCAAACAGGUUCUUGCCUCUUCUCAUAGGCAUGGAUUUGGUAGCUGGUGCUUACAGUAAAACUCUUCACUGCAACCUGCAGCCAGGCCAUUCCCGUGCUGCCUGCAGUACAUUCGUGGAGUGACAGUUUUUCUAGCCAGCCUUUUAGUUAGAGACGUUGAGGACCAGAGAUGGGGAGGGAGGAUCCAGAGCCAAAGGAACGGAGGCUUCGACAACCAUCACAGAAAAGUUGUUGGCUGUCCUGGAAUAAGAAUCUCGCCUCGUUUGCAGGAGUGGUCUUCCCCAGGAAACCGAAACCCUGGAAGUGGAGCCUGACAAGCAAGAGGAGUUCUCAGCUCACAAAGAUAAUUUUGAGACCGGCAGUCCCGAGCGCAGGCUGGGCUGCCAGGGAACCCAGGAGCUGGACGACUCGUCCCAGUGGCUGGCUGACCAGAAUGAGGCCGGUUCCCAGCAUGCACUGGAGCAGGACACAAGCACUACGACCACAGGCGAAGCUAUUGGGACGAGAGGCAAAGAGCAAGAGAGAACUAAAAUGCAGAACAGUCCUACUGAACAGCACCAUGCGCUGCACACACAGGUAGAGUUGGAGAUUGCACCAGACAGAAUGACGGGCAGCAACCCAGUGUCACCAGCCUCAUCGGGCUCACCUGCCUCCAGUGGCAGCAUCUCACCACCACAUCUCACCCACGACUCCUCUCUGGACAGCCACCUGGGCUUGGAUGGUCCCAAGGCACAGAACAGAACCCUGGCAUCACCCAGCAUGUACGCCUCCCCUGACCCGGCAAGCAUGUGGGACAAGACGCAUGCUGAGAUCGCCGAGCAGGCCAAGCACGAGGCAGAGAUUGAGAACCGUAUUGCCGAAAUGAAAAAGGAGGGUUUCUGGUCCCUGAAGAGGCUGUCUAAGGUGCCCGAGCCUGCUCGUCCCAAAGUGCACUGGGACUAUCUCUGUGAGGAGAUGCAGUGGCUGUCUGCUGACUUUGCCCAAGAGCGCCGCUGGAAGAGAGGAGUCGCAAGGAAGGUUGUGCGUAUGGUGAUUAGGCAUCAUGAAGAACAGAAGCAGAAAGAGGAGCGCGCCAAACGAGAGGAACAGGCCAAGUUGCGCCGCAUUGCCUCCUCGAUUGCCAAAGAGGUCAAGCAGUUCUGGAGCAAUGUAGAGAAGGUUGUCCAGUUCAAACAGCAGUCACGGCUGGAGGAGAAGCGGAAAAAAGCUCUGGACCUGCAGCUGGACUUCAUAGUCGGCCAGACAGAGAAGUACUCGGACCUGCUGACCCAAAGCCUCAAUGAAACCCUUCCGGUUACCAGCAAGACCAGCAGCUCCCACGCCGGCUCUACUGCCUCUAGCCCACCACCUCCAAGUCAACUUAUUGAGGAUGAAGACGGUGAUUUCCAGCCCCACGAGGAGUCAGAUGAUGAGGAGACGAUUGAGGUGGAGGAGCAGCAGGAAGGGAACGACUCCGAGACUCGGCAACGGGAGAUCGAACUGCUGAAGCAAGAGGGCGAACUGCCUCUGGAGCAACUGCUGCAAUCACUGCCUCCCCAGAUCCUGGAGAAUUCUUUCAGCGUGCCGCCUUGUGCCUCCAGCUCUGACAAUGAGGAAGAAGAGGAGGACAGUGAAGAGGAAGAAGAGCAAGAAGAAAAACACAUCUCCAAGAACCUAAAGGAAAAACCAAAGCCUGUUGCGCAAAGGACUAAAAAGCCUUGGAAACCCGAUGAGGAGUUCACUGCCAACGAAGAGGAAGCUGAAGAUGAAGAAGAGACGAUAGAUGCAGAAGAAAAGCUGGAAGGCAGCGUGGAUCACAGCAAAGAGCUGGAUGACCUGGCCCAGGAAGGUGAGCUGCCCAUGGAAGAGUUGUUGCAGAAAUAUGCUGGUGCCUACGCCUCAGACUUUGAAAUGGAGUCAGACGCAUCUUCCGAGGCUUCGGAGCCCAGCACCUCUGAGUAUGAAGUGGAAUCCGAAGAGGAGGACAGCAGUUGCCAAUCAGAUUCCACCGAAGAGGGAGGGAGCGAGCAGGAUGAAAGCGAAGAGGAGGUUGCCCUUGAGGGAGAAGCUUCGGUUAGUCAGGAGGAGGACUUUGGUGUUGAGUACCUGCUGAAGCAGGACGAGGACCGUGGAGGCGAGGGAGACAACGAUUUGACCCAAGCUCCAGGGCCCAAGAAGGAAAUUACUGAUAUUGCUGCCGCAGCAGAGAGCCUGCAGCCCAAAGGCUACACCCUGGCUACUACCCAGGUGAAAACGCCCAUUCCUUAUCUGCUACGAGGGACACUGCGAGAGUAUCAGCACAUUGGUCUGGACUGGUUGGUUACUAUGUACGAGAAGAAGCUCAAUGGUAUUUUGGCGGACGAGAUGGGACUUGGCAAAACCAUCCAGACCAUCUCCCUGCUGGCGCAUCUGGCCUGUGAAAAGGGUAGCUGGGGACCCCACCUGAUCAUUGUUCCCACUAGUGUCAUGCUGAAUUGGGAGAUGGAGAUCAAGCGCUGGUGCCCCAGUUUCAAGAUCCUCACUUACUAUGGGGCACAGAAGGAGCGUAAGCUGAAGCGGCAGGGCUGGACCAAACCCAACGCCUUCCACAUCUGCAUCACCUCGUACAAGCUGGUGCUGCAGGAUCACCAGGCCUUUCGGCGCAAGAAUUGGAAAUAUCUGAUCCUGGACGAAGCUCAAAAUAUCAAGAACUUCAAAUCUCAGCGCUGGCAGUCAUUGCUGAACUUCAACAGCCAAAGGCGGCUGCUGCUGACUGGAACACCUCUCCAGAACAGUUUGAUGGAGCUGUGGUCCCUCAUGCAUUUCCUGAUGCCCCACGUUUUCCAGUCGCACCGUGAAUUCAAGGAGUGGUUCUCCAAUCCUCUGACGGGGAUGAUCGAAGGCAGUCAGGAAUACAAUGAGAAUCUAGUCAAGAGGCUGCACAAGGUGUUGCGACCUUUCCUCUUAAGGAGGGUGAAAGUUGACGUCGAGAAGCAAAUGCCAAAGAAAUACGAGCAUGUCAUCAAGUGCCGGCUUUCCAAGCGCCAGCGUUAUCUUUACGAUGAUUUCAUGGCCCAGGCUACCACCAAGGAGACCUUGGCAACAGGGCACUUCAUGAGCGUCAUCAACAUCUUGAUGCAGCUUCGCAAAGUCUGCAACCACCCCAACCUCUUCGACCCCCGGCCCAUCCACUCGCCGUUUAUCACGGAGGGGGUCUGCUUCAACACGGCCUCUCUUGUCCUUCAUGCCCUCGAUAAUGACCCUUUCAAGCACGUGGACAUGGGGAUUUUUGACUUGAUCAAUCUGGAGGACCGUGUUUCCCGUUACGAGACCGACACAUUCCUGCCCAAGUGGAAGGUGACGAGGAAACUGAUUGAGGAGAUUGCCGAGUCCCCCGAUCCUCCUCCCAGGCCGAAACCGGUCAAAAUGAAAGUGAACAGGAUGCUGCAGCCGAUGCCCAAGCCAGAGAAUCGUACUGUGGUGCUGGUCAAUAGCCCUCGUCCAGCAGCCCCCCUGCAGAGACCCGUAACGCCUCUCCUUCCAGAGACACUGGCCCCUGCUCUGGCUCCACUCCAUCAUCCAGGCCUGGUCUUGCCAGGGUCUGUGCAGCCCCCCGCAGUUCCUGUCUCAGUGUCUCUCCCCGUGCCACCUUCUCCAGUCACCAUGUCCAUAUCAGUGCCUCCUCCUGCCAGACCACAGACCCCAACUCUAGUGCCUCCUCUGAGCCAGAACAGCACAGCUGCCACCCUGCUCCACACCCAGACAUCUGCUCCACAAGUCCUUCCCAUGACCAUGACUGCUGCUCAGCUGAUCCCGAAUGCUUCUCGGCCUACUUUACCACCUCCUCCCAUUUCUCCCACUGCAAUGAGCACCUCCUCACUUAAGCUUGGCAUAGGUCCAGCUCCUGUGGGGCAGCUGCAGGCGCCCAACACACUGGCCAUGACUACCAUGGGGCAGCUGCAGGGCAUAUCUGCAAUAGGGCAGCCACAGGUCCCGAGCACCCUGGCGAUGUCCGCUGUGGGGCAGCCACAAGGCAUGUCAGUGGUGGGGCAGCUACAGGCACCGAGCACCCUGGCCAUGUCUGCCGUGGGGCAGCUACAGGCUCCCAACACCCUGGCCACCGUGGGGCAGCCACAGGGCAUGUCUGUUGUGGGGCAACCCCAGGCCCCCAGCACCCUGGCUGUGUCUGUCAUGGGGCAGCCACAUGCUUCCAGUACCCAGGCCAUGUCCGCUGUGGGGCAGCCACAGGCUGUUUCUGCUCUAGGGCAGCUGCAAGCUCCAAACACCCUGGCCAUAUCUGCCAUGGGGCAGCCGCAGACCCCCAGCACCCUGGCCAUGUCUGUCUUGGGGCAGCCACAGGCCAUAUCCGCUGUGGGGCAGUCACAGGCCCCAAACACUCUGGCUGUGUCCGCUGUGGGGCAGCCACCGGCCCCCAGCACUCUACCUUUGUCUGUUCUGGGACAGCCGCAGGCCCUGAACACCUUGGCUGUAUCCACUGUGGGGCAGCCGCAGACCCUGAACACCCUGGCCGUGUCUGCCGUAGGGCACCCGCAGGCACCCAGCACUCUGCCUGUUUCUGUUGCGGGACAGCCCCCCAACACUCUGGCUGUGUCCACUGUGGGACAGUCGCAGGCCCCCAACACCCUAGCCAUGUCUGCCGUGGGGCAGCAGCCACAGGCCCCCAACACCCUGACAGUGUCUGCUAUGGGGCAGUCACAAGCCCCCAAUACCCUGGCCAUAUCUGCUGUGGGGCAGCCGCAGGCCACCAGCACCCUGGCCGUGUCUGGCGCAGGGCAGCCACAGGCCCCCAACACACUUGGCCCAGCCCCUCCAGCACAGCAGUCCGCCGGCCCCCUGGGCUCAGGCCCCAUUGGAGGGAUGCUGAAGCCGAUGAACAUCCAUUCUGCCGCUGUCCCCGCCUUGCCUGGCUACAAUUUUGCGGCUUCCGGAGCUCUGCAGCAGCGGCUCCUGCUGUCUCCAGAUAUGCAGGCUCGGCUGCCCUGCGAAGUUGUCAGCAUUGGGCAGCUGGCAUCCCUGGCCAAUCGGCCCCUCCAGAGCACUGCAGGCAGCAAACCCCUCACCUUCCAAAUCCAAGGCAACAAGCUGACCUUGACGGGGACCCAGGUGCGCCAGGUCACUAUGCCUCAGCCAGCCCGACAGCUGCCAAGGAAUGUAGUUCACCUGGUGUCUGCUGGGGGGCAGCAUCACAUCAUCAGCCAGCCAGCACAGGUGGCCUUGAUCCAGGCCAUGGCCCAGCAGGCAGGACAGUCCCCUGUUGGGGUGCAGGCUGUGCCGGGCCACCACCCGCCCACCAUUCUGCCUGUCCCAGCUACCAGCACAGCCGCUGCAGCCGUUGCUUCUACGGCAACCAUCAGCGUCCCCAUUGCUGCCACCCAAGUUCCCUCCUCGGCAGUGAACAGCUCUGGUGUGGUGAAGAUAGUAGUGCGGCAGGCCCCUCGGGAUGGACUGGUGUCCCCGUCUCCUGGCCCUCAGCAGCCACCAUUGCGCCCUGCUACACCAACAACUGCCACUGCUUUGCCCGGCCUCCCGGCGUCUCUGAUGGCCCAGCGAACCCCACUCCCCAUGAAUCCUUUGCCACCAGUCAGGAUUCCCACUCAGCCGCAGAUGCCGGUGCGCCCAUCCGGCCCAGCUCCCCUGCAAGCCCUUGUGAGGCCCACGCUACGAAUGGUGCAGGGGCCCAAUCCCAGCAUGGAGCAACAGCUGGUGUCAGCUUCCCUGCCUUCCUCAGUGGCUCCGUUCACGCUCUCUCCGGCUGCCACUGUGACUGUCAGCACCUCCCCUGCAAUGAUUCCCCAGACCACCUCAAGCCCAGGGCCCAGGGAGGAACCAGAGAUACUAAUGCUCCGCUCCACAACCCCUACACCACCUCCCCCUUCGAUCCUUGCUCCGCGGCCAAGACGGCAGCCACCUCCCCCGCCUCGGUCACCCUUCUAUCUGGAAUCACUUGAAGAGAAGCGGAAGAAGCAGAAGGAGGAGCGCCUGGACCGGCUUUUCCGCCUCAACGAGCAGCACUGCAAUCUGGCGCCCAUCUACGGGACGGAGGUGCUGCGCUUCUGCACCCUCUUCCCCCCUGCCGCUGCCGCAUGGAGGAACGGGGAGGAAACCGAAGAGCAAGCAGCGGCUGCAGAGGAUGUAGAACCGCGGGGCUGGAGAGGAACCAGCUACACCCACUGCUACGCAGCUCAAGUGCAAAGGGAUCCGCAGAACCUUGCAUCCCACUGGCAGCGCUCAGAGACUUUGGCCCAGGCAAUCCUGACACCCCAGCAACGCAUCAAGCAGCUGACAAACAUUAUCGAGAGGUUCAUUUUCGCUAUGCCUCCUGUGGAGGCUCCUGCCAUCACCAUGCAUACCUCUCACCCGCCCCCGUCGCUCCUGCUCCAGCAGGCUGUCUUCAAGGAGACACUGCGCCAAGAGCUGUCAUCCCGUGCCAGUUGCCUGCAUCGCAUUGUCUGCAACAUGAGGACUCAGUUCCCAGACCUCCGCCUCAUCCAAUACGACUGUGGGAAACUGCAGACGUUGGAUGUUUUGCUGCGGCAGCUUAAGGCCGGAGCCCAUCGAGUCCUCAUCUUCACCCAGAUGACCCGUAUGUUGGAUGUGCUGGAGCAAUUCCUUAAUUACCACGGGCAUAUCUACCUGCGGCUGGAUGGGAGCACUCGUGUGGAGCAGCGGCAGGCACUGAUGGAGCGUUUCAAUGCAGACAAGCGCAUUUUCUGCUUCAUCCUGUCAACGCGCAGCGGAGGCGUCGGGGUGAACCUGACAGGUGCAGACACCGUGGUGUUCUACGAUAGCGACUGGAACCCCACCAUGGAUGCCCAAGCCCAAGAUCGCUGCCACCGGAUUGGGCAGACACGGGACGUUCACAUCUACAGAUUGAUUAGUGAAAGGACAGUGGAGGAAAAUAUCCUGAAGAAGGCUAAUCAGAAGAGGAUGCUGGGUGAUAUGGCCAUUGAGGGGGGUAACUUCACCACAGCCUAUUUCAAACAGCAAACCAUCCGCGAUCUGUUUGACAUGCCACUGGACGAACCAGGCAAGAAAGAGGGAGAGGCUCCGCUUCCAGCACAGGAAGAAGAGGAGGAUCCUAUGGCCACCAAACAGGCUCAAAUUCUGGAGCAGGCUCUGUGCAGAGCAGAAGACCCCGAGGAUAUCCGCGCAGCCACCCAAGCCAAGGCGGAGCAAGUGGCCGAGCUGGCCGAGUUCAAUGAGAACAUCCCUUUGGAUGCAGACGACAGACCCAGCAGGGAAGAGGAGGAGGAAAUGUCUAGGGCGGAGCAGGAAAUUGCUUCGCUGGUAGAACAGCUCACUCCCAUUGAGCGCUACGCCAUGAACUUCCUGGAGGCAUCUCUGGAGGACAUCAGUCGGGAGGAAUUGAAGCAGGCAGAGGAACAGGUAGAAGCGGCUCGGAAAGACAUCGACCAGGCUAAAGACGAGGUGGUCUUCAAACUGCCAGAAGAUGAAGAUGAGUGCUUGCUUACUGAGGAAGCCUCCAGUAAGAGGAGCAAGAAGGCCAGGGGUUCCAGCCGCACAGCCUCAGAAAGGACAGGCACCCGCAUGAGCGAAAGGCUGCGCAGCACGCGCCAAACGUUGCGAGACGGGGAUGGGGGAGAUGCAGAGUCCCCCCAAGCGAGGCUGCCCCAUCUCCGACAUUCCAGGGCGACGGCGGAAGAGGAGGACGACGGCCUGCCUCAGGUUGCCCAGCACACACGAGGGGCUGCCAUCCGAAGGGAACUGGUGCGGGAUGACAUGCCAGCACACCCUGCCCCGCACGCUCGGAGGACUGCAGUUCGCCGAGAGGAGCUGUGGACUAAGCUGCCAGCUGGCGGAGAGAGGCUGCCGAAAUUGGCCCAGCACAGAACUGAGGCGUUGGCUUCUAGUGAUAGGAUUUUGAGAACUAAUCUCCACAGGACAGACACCCAACCUGCUGGGGAGAAGUUACUACGAGUUACUCCCCCCAAACCAGAUCUGGGCGCUGCUGGCGAUAGGUUACUUAGAGGCACGCAUCCUGUGGGGGACAGGCCACCCCGAAGUGCCUCCCAGAGAACAGACACUGGUGUGGAUAAAGUUCUGAGGGCAGGCCAGCAGAAACCUGAGAAACCCCUCGGGCUGGAUAAACUCCAAAGCAGCCCGCCCAGGCCAGAGGCCCCAACAUUUGAGGCUCAGGUCCCCCAGAUCCACCCGCAAGGACUUGACAGAGAUGCCAUCAAAGUGAAAGUGGAUUUAAGAGAGCAGAAAGGGGAAGUGUUCCAUCACCGUCCCUCAUCCCCCGGCUUGCCAGCCUCCAAAGAUGGACGGACCAUUGAGGCAUCGGCAUGUCCUGGCCCGCUGGCUCAUGAGAAGCCACUGAAUAUACAGACGCCACCUGACACAGAGAAGGCCCCACUGAAGAUUUUAGAGACGUCACCAGACCUGGCUGCUCCUGUUGCCACUGUGAAACUACCGUAUGAGAGCAGACCAGAGGAUGCGCGAGAAGUAGGCCUUGCUGCAGGGGUUCAAAAGGAAUGCUUGUCCCAGCCAGAAGAAAAGACAGAUAAGAGCCCAACGGCAGAGCGACAAGAUCCGUUGAACUCUGUGAAUGAUGUACCCGCACAGGAAGCUCAGGAAAGAGCUUCUUUGGGCAGUGUCGACAGGACAGGGUCUGAGAAAGCUGUCUGUCAAAGCUCAGAGGACACCCCUCUGGAAAACACGGACAGAGUAGUGCCGGAAUCCAUUAGCGAAGCCAUGAAGGUUGAGGGACCUGUGCAGACGUCCCCAGACCGCUCGGCAGCUGCUGCUGGUUGUCUCCCUCAACUGGAAACUCCGCCUUGUGUCAAAGAACAAAACGGUUUGGAGCAGCCUCCCAGAAUUGGCGGCUUGCCUUGUCCCGUUCCUAGCUUCCCGAAUGAACCCAAGCCAAAAAUGUCACCUGCAGAGACUGCGCCGCCAACACCAGAGCCAGCUAUCGGCGAAGCCGGCAGCCUCAAGGAAUCGCUCAAGCAGGGACCAGGGGCGGGAGGGAAGCCGCUGCCUGCAGAGGAGCUGCGCAACAAAGAAACAGAGGUUCCUGCUAGAUGCCCAGAGACUGACUCUGUACAAGAGAGCCCGUUAGCUGUUGCGGUGAUCUCCCCAGGAGCUGUGUCUUCAGAUGAGAAUCCCUCACCGGCCAGAGCGCCCCGCCGCCGAACCAGCGCAGAUGUCCUCAUUCUGCGGAGCUGUCAGGACCAAGAUGGCCCCGCUGCUAAAGUCUUGCGGAAGUUGCCAGGGCGUUUGGUCACUGUGGUGGAAGAGAAAGAGCUGAUUCGGCGGCGGCGGCGGAACCGUGUGCGCAGGCUGGAGGCUGCCACCAGCGCCGUGUUGAGUCCCAGCAACAGCUCAGAGCCAGAGGCCUCCUCCUCGAGCAAACCGUUGCCGUUGCUCCGGGACUUGCCUGCCCGUCGGAGGAUUGAGCUGGAGAGCCGGGCAGCGGCCAAGGAGAAAGAUGGUUGUCCGAGAGAAGAGCUGCUGGUUCAUGCUUCCCCUGAGCCUGUCAAACGCAAACGAGGACGUCCCCCCAAGAAUAAGACCCCUGAGCAGCAGAGUUCAGGGUUGCCACGGCCCUGCCUUGAGCCAGCCCUAGAAAUCAACCCCCAAAGCAAAGCACUGGAGAAGAAGAUGCCAGAAAUUCAGCCCCCGAAGAAGGCGCCAGAGAAAAACACGCCCAGGACAGCCUCUGCCAAGAGCAAGGGUCACAGUAGCAAGAAUGACUCUCCUGUAGAAAAGCGCAGGCGUGGCCGGCCCCCUAAAAUACGGGAACCCCCCAUCGUACCUCCCAGAUCUCCUGCCGUGCUACCAGCCACACUUGCAAACCCUCUGAUUGCCGAGCUAUCCCCUAAGGUGCCAGAGCAGCUGAACACACCCAUUGGGCCUGCCCCCCUGACAGAGGCAACAUCUGGGGUUCACGAACCAGUAGACAUUCAUCCCAAAUCAACUUCCAUCUCAAAAACCUCCCCUAAGGGACGGAACCGUAAGACCCCGCAUCCCAAACCUGCAUCAAAACCUGUUUCUAAGGCACAAGAUUUGGCCAAGCCUCCCAAACAGCUUUCCAAGUCGUCUGCAGAAGAGCGGGAACCACUUGCUAGCGCGCCUGCGACACAGCCUGUCCCCGAGAGGCAACAGCUGCCUUCUCCACCGUGCCCCCUCCCUCAGACUGCUCUUGCUCCCCCGUCAGCGGAAGCUCCACCCAAACGGAAAAGGGGUCGCCCCCCCAAGAACUCGGUUUCUCCUUGCGUGGAGGCGACACGGCCUCCACCCUCCACCUCUGACCAGGAGACCUCCAUAGAGAACAAGGCCCCGGCUCCUCCGGUUCGCAAGAGGCGGAGGCGAAGGAGAAAGGACGAACUGGGCCCGGCAUUGGCGAGUGUCAACCAGAGCUCGUCGGAGGGUGAGGACGCUCGGCCGCUGACCAGACUGGCUGUGCUCAAGCGAGAAGAGAAGCCAGAGCCGAGCAGCGAGGGUUCAGCUCAGCCUGCCUCCAAGCGCGCCGGAGCUGAGGGCGCUUCGUCGGCAGAGAGCAGCACCGGGGAGCAGCCUUCUAGCGACGCCCCCUCUCGCUCCACACGUCUCCGGCCCGGCUGUCUUGUCCCACCUCUGGUACGGGAGACCCAGCGACGGAAACGGCGCUGCUCCCUGGGGGGCAGCCAGGCGAGCAACAGCAGCAAGUCGCCCGUCCCCCAGGCGGCCUCCGAGCAAGAGGGUGGAGAGUCGGAGUCCUCCCUGCAGUCGUCUUCGGAAUCGAGUGGUAACAAGCGUAUCCAACACCCGAAGCGCCAGUGCUAUGAAUCUGCAGGGGUGCGUGGCAGGGGGAGGGGCCAGCGGUACAAGAGGGGGUUGGCGGACCGCAUUCUCCGCAGCGCGGCCAAGCCCCCCGAGAGUACCCACUCGGCCUCAUCCCCCGUCCCCAUGCGGAAAGCAGGCCCGGCUUCCACUCCCACCUCAGUGGGAGCAGUCUCCGGGACGCCCUCCGCUGUCACCUCCUCAGCCGCUCCGCUUACCUCCUCGCUAAGUAACAGAGGCCGCAAGCCCAAGACGUGACCACAACGCAGGAAGUUAUGAUUUAACUUCUCUGUGGGGGUGGCUCAGUGGCCGUUCCUUCCCCUGCACAUCUCCGAAGCAGGCUCCACCUCUGCCCUCCCCUUGCUCUUAUCCCCUCCCCUUACACUGGGGCAGCAGGUGGGGUCCAGAUCUACCCACGCAGCUCCCUGCAUUCCAGACUUGACUGUUAGAGUACUACUUGAACGGAGGACAGCGAGCACACUUAGUUCCCUGAUGCUCUUUGCGUGGGGCAAGGGACGUUCCUACUGAAGUAUCUAGCCACUCGGGUAUGUAGCUCAGCUGUUCUGUCACCAUGGGAAGUAGCCUGGCCAGCACUUUCUCAAUGAAUUCUGCUACUUUCCUGCUUUUGGGAUGGGGGGGCAGCUCUUAGUGUUACACUAUUAGGCUCUCACUCCAUCCCUGAAUGCACCAACAAUUCAGUACCACUCGGGCUUUCUUGACACCUACGUCCCUUGUCAGCUUUGGGGAUGAUGUGUCUGCCCUGUCCUGGUCCCGCCCCCCCGAUUCUCCGCCCCCAAAGUGAUACAGGGGAUGCCUCCUGAUUUAUAACACAACUAGCUCUUACUUUUUUAAUGGCUUUGGGUUGGUUUUUAAAUGACAGUGACCAAAUGUCCGCUCUCUCCCCCCUCUGGAUUGUUCCGCCUGCUUAUUCCGUUGUUAGAUUGGAGCCCUCCGUGAGUCGGAGUCCUCAAAAUGAGGUGCGAGGCUGCCCCACAGGGAACGUGGUGCCUCCGUUGUUUGCCCCACCACACACACACACUCAUUCACACCUACCAGGAGAAAACUGUCUUAUUUUUAAUGAUGUAAAUUGCCGUUUCACUUCUCCAAGGACUCUGUGGGUAUCUCGGUUUGCUCAGCUCUCUCUCUCUCCUUCCCUCUGUGUACAGCUCUCAUUGUAAAAUAGGUUCUUUUGAACAUAAUCUAUGCAAAGGUUAUUUUGUAUAGGGGAGCACAACGUUCCCUCCCCCACCACAGUGGGAUGAAGGGGUGGCAGUGGUUCUUUGGUUCUGGGGAGGGGGAUGCCGUUGGGGUGGAGGGGGAGGUGUUCCCAUGGAGCUGUCUUUCCUACUGAAGCAUGUUCAGAACUUGUACAGAAGACCGAUGUAAUCUUUCUUCAGAAUAAUGCUAUGAAUAAAGUGUUAAAAAAAAGGAAAACCAACAGCACACCAAA